AUGGACAACACAGAUGCAUAUUUAUUGAACUUUAAAGGCUGUUAUUUUGAACGUUCUUUUGUUGAUGUUGACCUACUAGAAAAUCUAGAUGAUUUUGAAAUUAGAGAUGAUGAUGUCUUCAUAAUUACCUAUCCAAAAUCUGGUACCAUCUGGACUCAGCAGAUAUUAAGCUUGAUUUAUUUUGAGGGACAUCGUAACAGAACUGAAAUGGUGGACACAAUUGAUAGAGUCCCCUUCCUCGAAUACAAUGUACACAAAAUGGACCAUCAGAAGAGACCAUCACCUCGCCUCUUCUCUUCCCACCUCCCAUAUUAUUUAGCACCAAAAGGUCUCAAGAACAAAAGAGCUAAAAUUCUUUACAUCUACAGAAACCCCAAGGAUGUUUUGAUCUCAUAUUUUCACUUUUCAAAUUUGUUGGUUACAUUAGAAGCUACAGAUAACAUAGAACAGUUCAUGAAAAAGUUUCUAGAUGGAAAAGUGAUAGGAAGCCUUUGGUUUGAUCACAUCAGAGGCUGGUAUGAGCACAAACAUGACUUCAAUAUUCUGUUCAUGAUGUAUGAGGAGAUGAAGAAGGAUCUCAGAAGUUCUGUGCUUAAAAUCAGCAGCUUUCUUGAGAAAGAACUGAGUGAAGAGGACCUGGAAGCUGUUGUGAGAAAGGCUACAUUUCAGAACAUGAAGUUUGAUCCACAAGCAAAUUAUGAUCAUGUUAUAAAACAUGAAAUCGGGACAAGAACAAAUGAGGGCUAUUUCCUGCGCAAAGGUACCAUUGGAGACUGGAAAAAUCACUUGACUGUGGAGCAAAAUGAGAGAUUCGACAGAAUAUUCCAAAGGAAGAUGAAAGAUUUUCCCUUGAAGUUCAUCUGGGAUAUAAAUGAGGAGUAGAAGUAGUUCAAAAGAAUCAUAUAGAAAAUCUACUAGCUAGAGAGAAUAUUUUAAUAUAGAUAUUAACUUGUGCUUCUCGUACAAGAGUUAACUAUAAAACUUUAUUGAUUAAAAAAUGAGUGAACUAUGCUUAGAUUAGUUGCCAUGGAUUUGAUAAACACUUUGAAAUUUCAAAAAUUACAUUGAUUUGGGAGAUAGUCUGCACUGAUAGCCUGUAGGAUACAGGAAAAACAGAAAGCACGCAACAUGAAUUGUAAGUGUCUUGAGACACUCUUCUGUGGUGUGUAUUUUUUAAAAAUCUACGAUUCAGUAAUGGUGAAUGAAACAUUAAAAAUCCUUCUAUGUUUACUAUUAAACUUUAAUCCUUUGGCUUAAAAUCAAUGUGAAUGUCAAAAUAGAGAAUUCACAUGUCUCUGUUUAACAAUUUACCAGAUCACAAAGUUUGCACUGGAGUUCAAGGGUCACAGAUAGAUUAAUCAUCUAACGGUUCAAUCACUUCACCAUUUUGAUGAAAAGAUAUAAUUGCAUCCUAAUGCACAAAGAUACAUGCACCCCUAUGUUCAUCGCAGCA